UCUUUUGGCUCUUGCCAGCCAUUUGAAAUCCGUUUGCGGAGGUCAUAACUGAUGAUACUCAUGAUCAAUUGGGAUAAUUGGGAUGCCCAUCCGCCGCUCACACAGCGGGAUGGGUUGGAUUGAUACCCCGGGGAGCCAUGGGAGGCCAGGGAUGGGUGUCCCGGUAGGCCGAUGGAAAUAUGGAGUCGGAUCGUGUUUCCACGGAGCGAUGUACAUCUCGAUGGUAUCUUGUACAAGUAUAUUGGAGAGUAUAUAUCUGUCUGUUUUCUGGAUCAUUUACUGCAUUAUUCUACCUUCAUUCUACCAUUCUACUGCAACCUUUCCUUCUCUAUUGUAUGCCGGCCGGAGCCACGGUCACGCGUGCGGCUGAACCCUACCGCCGGCCAAACCUUCUCUUUUUCUUUCCUCUCUUUUUCCUCCCUUCUUCCCCUGCCAAUAAAUCCAUCCCAACGUGCUGCAUUUUCAAUCCCGACUAUUCCUCGCAGGGUUACACGACCGAUCUGCUUUGCCUGUGCGUUGCCCCUCUUUGGUUCCGCAUGAUUCGUUGCCAGCCAUCGUAUCGAAGGAGGGGGAGUGCUAACGACCCUAAACCGGGGACGAUAAAAUGAGAGUUUCCCAUGGAUGGCGCCCAAUUGGUUGACGCGCUGACUGGACCGGACGAAGGCCCGGAGCAGUCAGACAUCCGGUCACACUACUGUGCGAGCUAGUCCAGGACUCAUGAUGGUCGCAUUAUUCGAUCAUGCUAAUAAGUCGGAUCCCGGCGGUCUCUCGCAUUGGCCGCUGCU